GUUUCCCUCUUCUUCCCCAACCUUUCAUUACUUUAAAAACCUUUUUUUUUCUCUUCGACCAUGGACCGAGUAAUGGAUAGUAUAAGAAACGUGAACCAUAGCCUGGUUUUUCGCAUCAUCAAUAUCAUUGUAGCGUGCUUUAUGAUUAUCGGGGGUGUCUGUACGAUCAUCACAGGAGGUUUCCCGCAAUUCAUUCGAGGCAUUUACUGUAUUGUGUUUGGCGUCGUUGUGUUUUUGUUUGAAUUUCGAUUACCAUCCAUCAUCACGCAGCACGCUUCCUUCCUCUUUUCUUUUAUCGGCCGCGGAAUCUUCUACAUAUUCAUUGGAUGUAUUAUUCUAAACUACCUACCAUUGGCAAUCGCAUCUGGCGUCAUUGUGGCCGUGUUCGGUGUAGCGUACGUUAUACUACAAUUCAUCCCAGGCAUCGAGGCGCCUAGUAAUAUGAAGCGCCAAGCACUUGACGAUUCCAUGGAUGGCGGAGGAGGAUCAUCCGGAGGCCGAGCCGCUCAAUGGGCCGCAGCCAAUGAUCAGCCUUAUGGCUCACCUACGAAUUAUGGCCCAAGCGCAGCCGACACAGGAUAUACUGCCAACGUGAGCCAUAACAGUACUAGCGUUGUAUAACUACAAUAUUAGUAACGAUAAUCGUAUGCAUGUAAUAGUGAUGUUGGCAUUUAACUCUCCCCCAUACUCUAUGUAUUUAAUAAUCUUCCUCAGUUAUUUACUUAUACAAUAAAUGUAAGAAAAACCACGCGAGAAAUGAAAA